AUGGGCCUUCAACCAGCUCCGCCAGUCCCCUUUGGCGCCUCUGCGGUUGCUGCCUCCGCGGGGCUCGAAUUCGAAAAUGCGAUCCAGCAGCAUAUUCAUCGCAAUGGAGAGGGAGCGGGAAGCACAGAUACAACCGGUCGAGAUUCCGAGGAUGGCAUUGGGCCAGAGGGGCAGGGCAAGAUCGCCGCAUUGGCUCGAACCUUCUCUCAGAUGUCGCAGAAGAGUGCGCUGGGAGAGGGUACGAAUACCUUUCUCAAUCCGAACCACGAUCCUGAACUAGAUCCGCAAUCCGACAAGUUCAGCUCGCGCAAAUGGACAAAGAACCUCCUUCAUAUCACCUCGCGUGACCCAGAUCGCUAUCCACGUCGCACAACCGGUGUUUCGUUUCGCAAUCUCAACGCCUUUGGCUACGGGACGGCCGCCGACUACCAGGCGGAUGUCGCCAACAUGUGGUUGAAAGGGUUUGGAUGGCUUCGCGGUGCGCUGGGCUUUGGGAACAAGGUGCGCAUUGAUAUAUUGCGCAACUUUGAAGGAUUCGUCAAGAGUGGUGAAAUGCUGGUGGUGCUCGGUCGACCUGGAAGUGGUUGUUCAACCUUCUUGAAGACAAUCGCCGGUGAGACCCACGGCCUGUGGCUCGAUCAGGGAACGGAUAUCGAGUACCAGGGGAUAUCCUGGGACGAGAUGCAUAGUCGGUAUCGCGGUGAAGUCAUUUACCAGGCAGAGACUGAAAUUCAUUUCCCUCAACUGACCGCUGGUGACACCCUACUCUUUGCCGCUCAUGCCCGCGCGCCGGCCAACCGGUUCCCUGGCGUGACGCGAGAGCAGUAUGCCACCCACAUGCGGGACGUCGUCAUGGCUAUGCUCGGACUCUCCCACACCAUGAAUACCAAAGUGGGCAAUGAGUUCAUCCGCGGCGUGUCUGGUGGUGAGCGCAAACGAGUUAGUAUCGCAGAGACUAUGCUCUGUGGUAGCCCGCUCCAAUGCUGGGAUAAUAGCACCAGAGGCUUGGACAGCUCAACGGCCCUGGAGUUUGUCAAGUGUCUUCGUCUGUCCACCGAGUACACUGGAUCCACCGCAAUUGUCGCCAUCUACCAAGCCAGUCAAGCGAUCUACGAUUGCUUUGAUAAAGCAAUUGUGCUUUAUGAAGGUCGUCAAAUCUACUUUGGCAGUGCAUCUGACGCCAGACGCUUUUUCAUCGAAAUGGGCUUUGAUUGUCCGGACCGACAGACCACCGCCGACUUCCUGACCUCUUUGACCAGCCCAACGGAACGGAGGGCACGAAAAGGCUUCGAACAUUUAGUGCCCCGCACCCCCGAUGAGUUCGCAGAACGAUGGCAACAGAGCGCCGAGCGGAAACAACUUCUUGCUGAUAUCAAGGCAUUCCGUAACGAGUUCCCGAUUGGUGGCAACAAACAAGAGGAGUUCUCCCGCUCUCGUGCCGCUGAGAAGGCCAAAGCAACCCGCGCAGCGUCCCCUUAUACCCUGUCAUAUCCUAUGCAGGUCCGCCUCUGUCUUCACCGGGGUUUCCUGCGGCUCAAGGGUGAUAUGAGCAUGACGCUAGCCUCAGUGAUCGGUAAUAGCAUCAUGUCGCUCGUUAUUGCCAGUGUGUUCUACAAUUUGGAUGGCACAACGAAUAGUUACUUCUCACGAGGUGCCCUCCUGUUUUUCUCGAUCUUGCUGAACGCCUUCGCAAGUGCACUGGAAAUCCUGACCCUCUGGCAACAACGUCCGAUUGUGGAAAAGCAUGACAAAUACGCACUGUACCAUCCGUCUGCAGAAGCCAUCAGUGCUCUGAUUGUCGACCUUCCCUCAAAAGCACUCGUCUCGGUGGCCUUCAACUUGAUUCUCUACUUCAUGACCAAUCUUCGCCGGACCCCUGGGCAUUUCUUCGUAUUCUACCUCUUCUCAGUAACGACAACGUUGACCAUGUCCAACAUCUUCCGGUGGAUUGGCGCUAUCUCACGGUCAUUAGCGCAGGCAAUGGUCCCGUCGUCUAUAUUCAUGAUGAUUCUCGUUAUCUACACUGGAUUCACCAUUCCGGUGAAGAAUAUGCAUCCUUGGUUCCGUUGGCUCAAUUACCUGAACCCGAUCGCUUAUGCUUUUGAAUCUUUGAUGAUCAACGAGUUUAGUGGUCGGGAUUUCCCAUGUGCACAGUAUAUGCCUUCUGGCCCUGGUUAUGAGAAUGUACCCAUGAGCUCGAAGGUUUGCGUGGGAAACGGCGCUGUGGCCGGCCAGGACCACAUCAACGGCGAUGCGUACAUUAACACCUCCUACCAGUACUACAAGGAGCAUUUGUGGCGCAACUAUGGUAUCAUCGUGGCCUUCUUCUUCUUCUUCCUGUUUGCGUAUGUCAUAUGCAGCGAAUUGAUCCGGGCCAAACCUUCCAAGGGAGAAAUCCUUGUAUUUCCUCGGGGGAAGAUCCCGACGUUUGCGAAGAAAGCGGCCGCGCCUGGAGACCUGGAGACAGCGCCCACGUCCGAAAAGCAAUCAUUGGAUACUGGAAGUAGUGACCACACCGCGUCUCUUGCCAAACAAACAGCUAUCUUCCACUGGCAGGACGUCUGCUAUGACAUCAAGAUCAAAGGAGAGACUCGGCGUAUCCUUGACCAUGUUGAUGGUUGGGUCAAGCCGGGAACCCUGACUGCUUUGAUGGGAGUGACCGGAGCCGGCAAGACGUCCCUUCUUGAUGUUCUGGCCAAUCGCAUUACCAUGGGGGUGAUUACGGGUGAUAUGCUAGUAGAUGGACGUCCGCGAGAUGACUCUUUCCAACGCAAGACUGGGUAUGUCCAGCAGCAAGACUUGCACCUUGAAACAAGCACUGUUCGUGAGGCUCUGAUAUUCAGUGCAAUCCUCCGUCAACCUUCAAGCGUGCCGCGCAAAGAGAAACUGGCAUAUGUGGAAGAGGUAAUCAAGAUGCUGAACAUGGAAGAAUAUGCUGAGGCAGUGGUGGGUGUGUUAGGCGAAGGCCUUAAUGUUGAGCAGCGAAAGCGCCUGACCAUCGGAGUUGAGAUUGCUGCUAAACCCGACCUACUGCUCUUUUUCGACGAACCCACGUCUGGAUUGGACAGUCAGACUGCCUGGUCAAUCUGUUCUCUUAUGCGAAAGCUAGCCGACCAUGGGCAGGCGGUUCUUUGCACGAUCCAUCAGCCGUCUGCCAUCCUGAUGCAACAGUUUGAUCGGCUCCUCUUCCUCGCGAAGGGCGGCAAGACGGUUUACUUUGGAGAGCUUGGCGAGAAUAUGGAAACCUUGAUCAGAUACUUCGAGAACAAGGGUUCCUCUAAAUGCCCUCCGAAUGCUAAUCCCGCAGAGUGGAUGCUGGAGGUCAUCGGCGCUGCUCCAGGGUCACAUGCCGAUCAAGACUGGCCGGAGGUGUGGAACCUAAGCCCAGAGCGUAUGGAAGUGCGCCGGGAACUGGCAACGAUGAGAGAAGAGCUAUCUAAGAAACCGUUGCCUCCUCGCACGAAGGAGUAUGGAGAAUUUGCGAUGCCUCUGUGGACGCAGUUCCUCAUUUGUCUGCAGCGAAUGUUCCAGCAGUACUGGCGGACCCCUUCCUAUAUCUACUCCAAGGCUGCGAUGUGUAUAAUUCCGCCCCUGUUUAUUGGUUUCACGUUCUGGAGAGAGCCCCUCAGUCUACAGGGAAUGCAGAACCAGAUGUUUUCUAUUUUCAUGCUGCUUAUCAUCUUCCCCAACCUUGUUCAGCAAAUGAUGCCGUACUUUGUGACGCAACGUGCGUUGUAUGAAGUGCGGGAGCGCCCCUCCAAGGCGUAUUCGUGGAAGGCGUUCAUGAUGGCUAGUAUUCUCGUUGAAUUGCCGUGGAACAUCCUGAUGGCGGUGCCGGCUUACUUUUCGUGGUACUAUCCCAUUGGGCUGUACCGCAAUGCACCCCCUGGCGAAACUGUUGACCGGGGCGGCACAAUGUUCCUGCUCAUCUUGAUCUUCAUGAUGUUCGCCUCCACAUUCAGCUCGAUGAUCAUCGCGGGUAUUGAGCAUCCAGAUACUGGCAGUAAUAUUGCGCAGAUGAUGUUUUCCCUCUGCCUUAUCUUCAACGGUGUGCUUGCGAGCCCUAAAGCUCUUCCAGGCUUCUGGAUCUUCAUGUACCGAGUCUCUCCGUUUACGUAUCUAGUAAGCGCGGUGUUGAGUGUGGGGUUGGCAGGGAAUGAGGUCAAGUGCGCCGACUACGAAAUUCUGCAUAUCCCCCCUCCCGAAGGACAGAACUGUUCUAGCUUUCUCGGGCCGUUUGUGCAGAUGGCGCACAGUACGCUGUUGACCCCUGAGAGCACAACGGACUGUCAGAUGUGCACCCUGCAGUCGACAGACCAAUUCCUCGCCCAGCUCAGCAUGAGUUUCGACGACCGGUGGCGCAACGUGGGCUUGUUGUUUAUUUAUGUGGUCUUCAAUGCCGUGGCGGCGGUAUUCCUCUACUGGCUGAUUCGGGUGCCGAAGAAGUCGUCGGUCAAGGAGAAGAAGGAUUAG